AUGGCGAUGUUCUCCGUCGUCUUGCCAGGACGGCCUUGCCUUACGGAAGCCGUGCCUAUACAGCCAGACCCAAACACGCCGCCUACCAACUUCGCAUUCACCUUCCCAGCAGCGCCCCGGUUCUCUCAUAUUGUCGUCUUCCUCCUGCCCGGCGUCACUCUUCCUCCAGAUGUGGCCGCAGCAGUAUAUAUACAGUUCCCAACCCAGCAGCAACAGCCUGAAUUCCGCUUUCUGGGUGCCAUAGGAAACGAGAAGCCGUCGGCAAUCUUCAAGGUCAGCCUCCCGGGCUCGCUGAAAACGAUGACAGAGGCAGAGCAAGAGAACGAGAUGAUGGAUGAAGGGGCAGAUGCCAUUGAUCCGAACGUUACCAUCACACUAGGGAUAGCAAUUGAGUCCACACAGGUGGUCCGGGAGAAACUAGCUACGCUACAGCAGCCAUCGACGGGCCUGGAGCUGGUAAAGAGGGCGGGACAGUCGAGCAUGACGACAAAGGUGUUAGCGCAGAGGAUUAUCGGGAACGCGUUCAACUUCCUUGCUAGCUUUGCUGCUUCGGAUCCUCGGGCUCAGGGCGAAGAGGUUAUUUCCCUGAAGAGCUUCAGAGAUUGGUGGGCCAAGUUUGAGAGGAGGAUAGAGGCCGAUCCGGGCUUUUUGGAAAGAGAAGCCAGUUAA